AUGGCGACCGUAACUGAGAAUGAAGCAGUGGCUUCCUCCACCCCCGUCUCCGAAACCAAGGAACAGCUUCCUGAGCAACCUCCAUCUCCUGCGUCAGGAGGAGAUGACAAGAAAGACACCACGGAGAAGCCCAAGAACGGCAUGCCGCUUCACAAACAAGCAGUAAUCUUCUUCCGUCUGCUCUUUGCCGCCCAGCCAACAUGGCUCGACGUAACACUUAUCAUCCUGGGGACGAUCUUCGCCAUCGCCGCCGGCACCCCAUUCCCCCUCAUGGCCAUCCUCUUCGGCCAACUCGUAGACGACCUCAACGACGCCACCUGCGCCGCGACUGGAUCGACCGACGUGGACCCCUUCUCCUACGGGCCCGCCAUCAACAGCAAGGUGCUCCAGAUGGUCUACAUCGCCAUCGCCGCCUUCGUCCUCAUCUACGCCUACAUCCUCGCCUGGGGCGUCAUCUCCCAGCGCCUCGCCCAGCGCCUCCGCAUCCGCUACCUCCAGGCCCUCCUCCGCCAGCCGCCGUCCUUCUUCGACGCCCGCGUCAACGUCGGCGAGGUGUCGUCCCGCCUCCACGGCGACAUCACCGCCAUCCAGGCCGGCACCUCCGAGAAGGUCGGCAUCUGCAUCUCCACCCUCAGCUUCUUCGUCACCGCCUUUGUCGUCGCCUUCACCCGCGAGGCCCGCCUCGCCGGCAUGCUCACCUCCAUGGUUCCCGCCUUCCUCCUCAUGUCGCUCGUCGGCGGCGCGUUCCUCAGCAAGCUUGCCGUGCAAAUGUCCAACUCGGUCGCCUCGGCUUCGUCGCUCGCCGGCGAGUGCUUGUCCAACAUCUCCGUCGUCCAGGCGUUCGGUGCCGCUCCCCGCUUGGAAGCCAAGUUUGCGAGUUUGGUGUCGGACGCGAACAAGGCCGGUAUUCGCAAGGCCGCCGUCGCCGCCUUGCAAGCCGGCUUGUUGUACUUUAUCGCCUAUUCGGGCAAUGCUCUCGCUUUCUGGCAGGGAAGUAUCCUCAUUGCCGAGACCAUCGAGGGGCGUGGCAGUGGUACUUCUGUCGGUCAUAUCUACACGAUUAUCCUCGUCCUGGUUGAUGCCUGCGUCAUGUUGGGAUCCAUCGCGCCUCUGAUGCCCCUUUUCGGCGGCGCCUCCGCCGCCUACCAGCGCCUCCUCGAAGAUAUAGAGUAUCCCUCUCUGAUCGAUGGAACCUCGGAAACCGGUCACGCCUUGACUGCCAACAACGUGGACGCAUCAGGGAUCAAGUUCAACAACGUGUCUUUUGCCUACCCUACUCGUCCCGAGCAGCCUGUGCUUCGCAACCUGAACCUCAGUUUCCCGGCUGGAAAAUACACCGCCAUCGUCGGCCUCUCAGGCAGUGGGAAGUCUACCAUCGCAUCUCUCAUUGCCCGACUUCAGGAUCCGGCCGAGGGCACCAUCACCAUUGACGGACACGACCUGCGGGACGUCAAUGUCAGGAGCCUCAGAAGCCUUGUGGGCUUCGUCCAACAAGAGCCGUCGCUGCUCAACGCCUCGAUCUUGUCGAACAUUGCCUUUGGCCUCGUCAAUUCCCCGAAUCCAUCCCACCAACACCUGAAGGACUUCUUUUACGGACCUAAACUGGCAGAGCUGGCCGAAAAGGGAAAUGAUAUCGUCUCCUCUGCACCGGCAUUCGGCCCAGAAGCAGUAGAGAUCGUCGAGCUGGUACGUCAGGCCGCCGAGCAAGCGGACGCGGCCUCCUUCAUCGAACGUCUCGAGAACGGCUACGGCAGCAACGCCGGCCCCAAGGGAACCCUCGUGAGCGGCGGCCAGCGGCAGCGCGUGGCCCUCGCCCAGGCGCUGAUCCGCGACCCGCGCAUCCUCGUCCUCGACGAGGCGACGUCCGCCUUGGACUCGGCCAGCGAGCGGCGCAUCCAGGAAGCCGUGGAGAGGGCGGCCAAGCACCGCACCGUCAUCUCCAUCGCCCACCGACUCUCGACCAUCCGCAACGCCGACAACAUCGUCGUCAUGGACGCCGGGCAGGUCGUCGAACAGGGCACGUACGCGGAGCUGAUGGCGCGGGGGGACGGUGCGUUCCGUCGCAUGGCCGACCUGCAGACUCUCUCGACGAAGGAUUGGACCGAAGGGGGUUCGGUUUCUGGCGAUUCGCUCGAUACGUCGACGCUCAAGACGGAAGGGCCUGCGACGAGCGAACGUAUGGUUUCGGCACAGGAUGAAGACGGCGGAGAUGGUAAAAAGCCCAAGGGCGAAAACGAGGAGGAGCAGAAAGAUACCGAAGAGCCCAAGACGGAGCUGGAUACCAAGCAAUCUCUGGGCUUCGUAGUCAAGGGCCUGGGCCGGCUCGUUCGGCCUUCGCUUGGCUGGCUCGUGGUCGCCAUGAUCGCGGCAGUCCUCGUCGGCGCGACCUUCUCGUCGGCGGCUCUGAUUCUGGGCUUCACCGUCGGCGAGCUCAACCCUUGCAGCAGCACGGUGGACCGCAUCCUCUCGAUGGGCCAGCUCUUCUCGGGCCUCAUGUUCAUGCUGGCGGUGGUGGAGCUCUUCGCCAACUUCUUCGCCUGGUCGUGCUUCGGCGUCGUGGCCGAGAAGCUCCUCUACGUGGUGCGCGUGCUCUCGUUCCGGUCCCUCAUGGAGCAGCCCAUGCAAUGGCACCAGGCCGAGACGCCGGCGAAGCUGCUGGGCAUCAUCACGAAGGACAGCGCCGCCAUCGGCGGGUUCAGCGGGUCCACCAUCGGCACCGUGUUCGCCGUCGCCGUCAACUUCCUCGUGGCCAUCAUUCUGUCGCACAUCAUCGCGUGGAAGAUCGCCAUCGUGGCGCUCGCGUCCAUCCCCCUCCUCCUCGGCGCGGGCAUCAUGCAGCUCCGCAUGCUCGCGCGCUACGAGGAGAAGAACGCCGGCGCUUUUGCCGACGCCACGGCCGUGGCCGUCGAGGCGGUGCAGUCCAUCCGCACGGUGGCCUCCCUCUCUCUCGAGCGCGAGAUCAUGGGCACCUAUGGCCGUCUCCUGAGGGGACCGCAGAAGCUCAUCUUCCGCGCCUCGGCUUCGACCAACGUCUGGCUCGCCCUGACACACACCUCCGGCACGCUGAUCUACUGUCUUUCGUACUGGUGGGGUUCUCGGCUCAUCAUGCGGGGGGAGUACACGCAGACGCAGUUCUUCAUCAUCCUCAUUGCCAUGCUGGUCAGCGCACAGCUCUGGGGUACCAUGUUUACGCUGGCGCCCGAGUUCUCCCGCGCGCGUACCGCCGUCUCGCGGACCAUGAACAUUCUUAGUCUGGGGUCGACUAAGGACUUUAGCAAGACGGGCGUGCAGGCCAAGUCGGUCACGGGGUGGGGAAGCGGUAGCGGUAGCGGUAGCGGCAGCGGCCGAGGCAGAGGCAGCGGCGGCGACAGCGGCUACCAACCAGACCAAGACAUCGAAUCCGUCGCAGAAUCAUCCAAAACCCAGGGCGCUUCCUCCCCCGAGAACCGCGGCGUCAAGAUCACAUUCACCAACGUCUGGUUCGCCUACCCCAACCGCCCCGACGUCCCGGUCCUGGACGACAUCUCCUUCACCAUCCAACCGGGCCAAUUCUGCGGCCUCGUCGGCCCGUCCGGCGCAGGAAAAUCCACCAUCAUGUCCCUCGUGCAGCGGCUCUACACGCCCAUCUCCGGCACCGUCCUCCUAGACGGCCACGACAUGGCGUGCCUCCCGGCAACCUCCCCCCUGCGGGACGCCAUCGCGCUCGUCCCGCAAGACCCGACGCUCUUCGACGGCAGCGUACGCUUCAACGUCUCCCUGGGGGCGAAACCAGGCCACGAUCCCAGCGACGCGGAGAUCGAAGAGGCCUGCCGGCUCGCCAACGUGCACGACGUGAUCGCGGCGCUGCCGGAGGGGUACGACACCGAGUGCGGGCCGGGGGCGACGCGGCUGUCGGGCGGGCAGAGGCAGCGGCUCGCGAUCGCGCGGGCGCUGGUGCGCCGGCCGAGGCUGCUGCUGCUGGACGAGAGCACGAGUGCGCUGGACGCGGCGAGCGAGGCGGCGUUGCAGCAGGGGCUGGAGAGGGCGUCGCGCGGGACGACGGUGUUGGCGAUUACGCAUCGGUUGCAUACGGUGCAGCGGGCGGAUGUCAUUUUCGUGGUGGAGGGGGGGCGGAUCGUGGAUCAGGGAAGGCAUGUUGAGUUGAUGGAGCGGAGGGAGAGUUAUCGCGUUAAUGCCAUGCAGCAGAUGUUGCAGUGA